AUGGCACGACCAAUCAUCGGCAGCUUGAGCUCUAUCGUUCUCGUGCUGAUUCUGGCAUGGUCCAUCGGGACAAUCGCCGUCCGUGGCUACAACACAACGGAGUGGACCGUCGGCGGCGACAAGGGGUGGAGCUUCGGCGUCGCCGGCUGGGAGAACGACAAGCCAAUCCAGGCCGGCGACAUGCUAGUGUUCAAGUACAAACCGGGAGCACACAACGUGGUGGAGGUGGAUGUGGUUGGGUACAUGGAGUGCAAGGCCCCCGACGGCGCCAAGGUUCACUCCACCGGCAACGACCGCUUCGAGAUGCCCGGCGGCAAGGCCUACUACAUCUGCUCCAUUCCUGGCCACUGCGAGAAAGGCAUGAGGAUAGGCAUACCGCCUAGAUAGAUAGAUUGAUGAAUAGUCUCCAUAUUAGACACCGACUACCCUAUUCUCUCGCUGGCUGAGUUCCGCAAGAAAUAAAUUUA